UGAGAGUUGAGUGGGCCUUGAAUUGGUGUCAAACUUACUGGAUCCCUUCCUUAAAUAAGCCCAAUCACUUUUGGAUAGCAUAUAACCUUUCUUUCCCUAGCGGCCCGAUUCCUUUUUGAAGACGAAGCCGAAUUGACAGAGCCUAAGCGGAGCUUCUCUACAUACAUGCAUGCUAGUUUCUCGCUACCUUCACCAGUUACGGCUCUGCGCAAAAUCCCACGUCCCGUCAUCUCCUAAGACACUCCACUCUCAGAUCAUCAAGCUCGGCCUCCAUGGCUGCGAUCUCCUGGCCAAUACCUUGGUUGAUACCUACGGGAAAUGCGGCCUUAUUCAUGACGCCCACAACCUGUUCGAGGAAAUGCCCCACAGAGACCACGUCUCCUGGGCUUCGAUCCUCACCGCAUACAAUCAGGCCGAUCUCCCCGCUGAAGCUCUCUCCGUUUUCCCAUCCAUGCUUUCUCGCGACGGGUUGCUGCCUGACCAUUUCGUGUACGCUACUCUUGUUAAAUCAUGUGCCGGGUUGUGUGCGAUAAGGCAGGGGAAGCAGGUCCACGCUCAGUUCGUUGUAUCGUCGUAUAACCGUGACGACGUUGUUAAGUCUUCGUUGGUUGAUAUGUAUGCAAAAUGUGGGUUACCCUUUGUAGCUCGUGCUGUUUUUGAUUCGAUUAUGGUGAAGUCCUCAAUCUCGUGGACUUCGGUUGUAUCAGGGUAUGCUAGGAGUGGGUUAAAGUCGGAGGCUUUGGAGCUGUUGGUGAAGACGCCUUUUAGGAAUCUGUAUUCUUGGACUGCAUUGAUAUCUGGAUUAGUGCAAAGUGGGUUUGCAACCGAUGCUUCUCACUUGUUUAUUGAAAUGAGGAGGGAUGAAAUUGAGAUAGUGGAUCCAUUAGUUGUUUCCACUGUCGUAGCUGCUUGUGCUAGCGUAGCUUGUCUAGAGUUUGGGAAGCAGGUCCAUGGCUUGGCUGUGGCACUAGGGUAUGAAUCUAGCUUGUUCAUAGGUAAUGCAUUGGUUGAUAUGUAUGCUAAAUGUAGCGAUCUUUUAUCCGCCAGGACAAUUUUCCAUUCUCUGGUUUGGAGGGAUGUUGUUUCUUGGACUUCUUUAAUAGUUGGGGAGGCGCAACAUGGAAAAGCCAUGGAAGCAUUGGAAUUGUAUGAUCAGAUGGUUCUUUCGGGAGUUAAGCCAAACGAGCAUUAUACAUGCUUGUUGGACCUCUUCAGUCGGUCUGGACACCUUGAAGAAGCAGAGAAUCUUAUCAGUACGAUGCCAUUUGAGCCUGAUGAGCCCACAUGGGCAGCUUUACUAAGUGCAUGCAAGAAACAUGGGAGCAAAGAAGCGGGACUUAGAAUUGCUGAUCGUUUGCUCAGCUUAAACCCACAAGAUCCUUCGACCUAUAUCCUAUUGUCAAAUGUCUAUGCAGGUGCUGGAAUCUGGGAAAGUGUGUCGACAGUGAGGAAAUUGAUGACUAGUUUGGAGGUGAAAAAGGAACCUGGUUAUAGCUGCAUUAGCAUGGGGAAAGAAAGGCAAGUAUUUUAUGCUGGGGAGACUUGUGAUCCUAAUAUCAAAGGUGAGAUACUUAAUUUGCUGAAUGAGUUUGACAAAGAGAUGAGAAGGAGAGGCUAUGUUCCAGAUACUAGCUGUGUUCUAGUGGACAUGGAAGAGCAAGAGAAAGAAAAGCAGCUAUUUUGGCACAGUGAGAGGGUAGCCGUGGCUUAUGGAUUGCUCAGAGGUGUCCCAGGGACAGUGAUAAGGAUUGUGAAGAAUCUUCGUGUUUGUGGAGAUUGCCAUGAUGUUCUAAAACAUAUUAGUAGUAUUGUCAGGAGAGACAUUAUUGUGCGAGAUGCCACCCGGUAUCAUCAUUUUGCUAACGGAAGAUGUUCCUGCAAUGAUUUCUGGUGAUAAGGUACUUGGUUUAUUUCUUUCUUGAUCAUUUUGGUAAUUUGGCUUUGUGGUGAUGAAGCAAUGAAGUCUUGAAGGCAGAAAACGCAAAUGAUUUGUCAAAUCUCUACAUUUCUUAGGGUCAAGUAAAUAAAUGUUCACCUAACGUAUAGGGUAAUCAACAAUACAGUACACCCUAUGAA